AUUGUUCUUCCUGCCUGCCUGCAAGUCUGCAGCUAAAACUGUGUUAAGGAGCUACUGCUGAGGCUGCUACAGAAACCAAUGUCUUUGUAUUUUCCUGCUAACGAAUACGGGGUGCUUUGCAUUCAGGAAUACAGAAAAAAUAGCAAAGUGGAGUCAAGUACACGUAACAGCUUCAUGGGCUUGAAGGAUCAUCUGGGGCACAACCUGGGCCACCUUUAUGUGGAGAGUACUGACCCACACUUAAGUACAUCUGUACCUUGGUCAAUGGUAGAGAAGCCAACAAUGGAUAAAGUCAAUUCCGGGAAGGAAGAAAAAGAGGUGUCUGAAGAGAAUACGAGUUCUGGUGACUCCGAAGAAAGCACACAUUCUGAUAAUGAGUCAGAACACUUGAGGAGCGUUUCAGUAGAGCCAUGCUUAUUAACCAAGACUCACAGACAACUGUGUAGGUCUCCCCGCUUAGAGCCUCACAUACUCAAACGCAGCGACAUUUUGCAGGACUUUAAACCUGAGGAGUCCCAGACGACGUCCAAGGAAGUGAAGAAGCCCCCUGAUGUGGUGCGAGAAUACCAAACAAAACUGGAGUUUGCGCUGAAGUUAGGCUAUUCGGAAGAACAGGUUCAGCUCGUGCUCAAUAAACUCGGUACCGAUGCUUUAAUCAACGACAUCCUGGGAGAGCUCGUCAAGCUUGGAAAUAAAAGCGAGGCUGAGCAAACAGUGAGUACAAUGACCAGCGUCCCGCGGGACUCGUCUUCCCUGGAGUCUCAGCGGUCUGACUCUCCGAUGCAAGAGAGCGCAGCGGACGAUGGGGAGAAUCUGAGGCCAGUUGUCAUUGACGGUAGCAAUGUGGCAAUGAGCCAUGGAAACAAAGAAGUAUUUUCCUGCCGGGGAAUCAAAUUGGCAGUGGAUUGGUUUUUGGAAAGAGGCCACAAAGAUGUUACAGUUUUUGUUCCGGCUUGGAGAAAAGAGCAGUCCCGGCCUGAUGCUCUCAUCACAGAUCAAGAAAUUCUGCGAAAAUUAGAGAAGGAGAAAAUCCUGGUAUUCACACCAUCCCGACGAGUCCAGGGCAGGCGGGUGGUGUGCUAUGAUGACCGGUUCAUCGUGAAGCUGGCUUUUGAGUCAGACGGGAUCAUUGUGUCCAAUGACAACUACAGGGACCUGGCAAAUGAGAAACCGGAGUGGAAGAAGUUCAUAGAUGAGCGAUUGUUAAUGUACUCCUUUGUCAAUGACAAGUUCAUGCCCCCUGAUGACCCGCUUGGCAGACACGGCCCAAGCCUGGAUAAUUUUCUGAGGAAGAAACCUAUUGUUCCUGAACACAAAAAGCAGCCUUGUCCAUACGGAAAGAAGUGUACCUAUGGACACAAGUGCAAAUAUUACCACCCCGAGAGGGGCAGUCAGCCACAGCGGUCGGUGGCCGAUGAGCUUCGUGCCAUGUCUAGAAACACCGCGGCCAAAACCGCCAACGAAGGAGGACUGGUGAAGAGCAACAGUGUUCCCUGCAGCACGAAAGCGGACAGCACUUCCGAUGUCAAACGAGGUGCUCCAAAGAGGCAGUCGGACCCAAGCAUAAGGACCCAAGUCUACCAAGACCUAGAGGAAAAGCUUCCCACCAAAAACAAAUUGGAAACCAGGUCUGUACCUUCUUUAGUUAGUAUCCCGGCUACUUCUACUGCAAAACCCCAAAGCACUACAUCUCUAAGCAAUGGCCUUCCAUCUGGAGUUCACUUCCCACCUCAGGAUCAAAGACCACAGGGACAAUAUCCUCCAAUGGUGAUGGCAACCAAAAAUCAUGGAACGCCAAUGCCUUACGAACAGUAUCCCAAAUGCGACUCGCCUGUUGACAUCGGAUACUAUUCCAUGUUGAAUGCAUAUUCAAAUCUGAGUAUCUCAGGCCCACGCAGUCCUGAAAGGCGUUUCUCCCUGGACACAGAUUACAGGAUCAGCUCUGUAGCUUCUGACUGCAGCAGUGAAGGGAGCAUGAGCUGUGGGAGCAGUGACUCCUACGUGGGGUACAACGACCGGUCCUACGUCAGUUCUCCUGACCCUCAGCUGGAAGAGAAUCUCAAGUGCCAACACAUGCGCCCGCACAGCCGCCUUAACUCCCAGCCCUUCCUGCAGAAUUUCCACGACCCCUUAGCUAGAGCUCAAAGCUACAGUCACGAAGAACCAAAGUACCAUCACAAGCCUCCUCUGCCACACCUGGCCGUGCACCUGCAGCACCCAGCCGUGGGGGCCCGGUCCAGCUGCCCCGGCGAGUACCCCUCCCCUCCGAGUUCCGCGCACCCGAAGGCGCCGCACCUGGGCCGCUCCCUCGUGGCCACACGAAUAGACAGCAUUUCGGACUCCCGGCUGUACGACAGCUCUCCUUCCCGACCGAGAAAGCCUUACUCCCCCCAGGAAGGGCUGGGAAGCUGGGAUCGGCAGAGCUACGGCGUGGACGCGUACGGCUACCGGCAGACUUACUCCUUGCCCGACAGCUCCACGCAGCCGUGCUACGAGCAGUUCACCUUCCAGAGCCUGCCCGAGCAGCAAGAGCCGACGUGGCGCAUGCCGUACUGCGGGAUGCCACCAGAUCCUCCAAGGUACCAAGACAACCGAGAGAAGAUUUACAUCAACUUGUGCAACAUCUUCCCCCCUGACCUUGUGAGAACUGUCAUGAAAAGGAACCCUCACAUGACAGACGCCCAGCAGCUCGCCGCGGCCAUCUUAGUGGAGAAGUCACAGCUGGGCUAUUGAAAGAUGAUGCAUCUUUGUGGUGUUUAGUAGUUUUUUGUUCAGCUCAAAUGCUGAGGGAGGUUUGCUACAAUAGCACACGUGAUCUCCUUCUCGGCAAGGAGGUUAUCUAGUAUCCAUUUAUGUGAAAUACUGUAUCAUGGAAUCUGUAUGUAUAGCCCCACGUAGUGGAAGUAUCACGGGAUUGCUUUACAUUCAAACUUUUUUUUAAACAUUUCCUUUUUAAAGCUCUCUCCUUGGCUGGAAAUUUUUCCAGUUUGAUUUAUUAGAUGUCUCUGUGAUCUUUGAUAUUAAUCUUUGGUGCAUCAGGGGUUUAUAUGCAGCACUUUUUAUCCUUGUUUCGUGUUUUAUUAACUUGGUGUUUGUCUAUCAAUUGCAAGCAAUUACAAUACUUUCAGAAUGUCGAACAUUUGACUAGACCCUAGCCAACUAUUUUUGCAAGCCAAGCUUAAUUGGAAUCUUUUACAGCUUUUUAAGUUAUUUUUAUUUGGGGGAGGUGGGCUUCUUUGUGCUGUAAUCAUUAUUUAUAGAAACAAAGAUAUACGACAGCACUGACUUUAUAUUUUAAACAAAAUGUAAGUUACCAGUUUAUAUGGAAAUGGGUAACAGUCUAUAUUAGAAUGAUUUACAACAUGGCACUUUUCAUUGUUUUAUUUUUGUUCGGGUUUUUUUUUUUUCUGUUAAGUAAUUAGUUAAUUUAAUACGGUUGACUUAAAGGAAAGCAGAUGCAAUCAAUGGAAAAAAUUGUUUCCAUUUUUUUUUUUUUUAACGAGUAAGGCAAAAGCCGUAACUAUUCCAGUUUAGAGCUUUGUUAUCCAGCUAUGAUGUGCUUCUAGACGGUAGAAAAUGGCAUUGAAUUCCCAGAUUCUCAUUAACCUGUAUUUUUAAUGUGUUCGUCCUUCUUGUUUCGGGGCACAACAAUACUGGAUAAAAGAACCCUUUCACAGUACUUGCCUGUUUUUAAUGAAUCUAAUUAUUCUCAAUGCAACUUUUAUAUUUAAUAUACUCUUUAGCGUUCCCGCUAUUUAUCAAGGCUGGCCUGAGGUGGGUGUAUGUGUUGAGGAUAUGCAAAAUUUAUCGAUACUGCACUAUAGGAAUGGUGGUGGUGGAGGUGUUGUAAGUGGUAACUUAAAAAUGUUUGUAAGAUACUGUAUAUUUUCCAUUUUCCUGAAGGUAGUUUUUUGGGGGGCCUGUUAUAUUAUUAAGGCCAGAUUCUUGCCACAAAUAGUGUAGUUUUAGCUACAGACUAAAGUCUGUUCUAGUAUUAGUAAGGGAUAUUUCUGGUUUCAGAGUCACGGGUUUUGCUAGAUGCGAAUUCAUUUUUGUCCUCGGCAGACAGACCCCGCAUUGAGGGGCAGUCGGGUGCCUCACAUGACUUGACUGUUGCCUCCAGGCUCCGAAUUUCACUUCGUGCGACAGACUCCUCCUGAUCUGUGUCUGCCGUCUGCCUCGAUGCCCGGGGUAUUCCGACCAUUCUCCAUGCUGCAGUUUGAAGGAAAGCCCUGAAAAGCCAGAAAGUACCUUUUACUGUUGAUACAAAUUGUAUCUUUUUAACUAUAAGAACUAUUUUGAUUUGUAGAUCUAGUGAAAACACAAAUGUGUAACUAUGAUUAGACUUUUGGGCAACAUUUUAUCCCUUAUUUAAAUACAAAAUUUUAAAGUAAAAUUGAGGUCUAGGAUAGGGUAGAAGAUAAAAGUAACAAUUUAGGUAAGUGAAAGUGUCUGUCUUAGUUCUAUAGAAUAUAUUAAAAUAUAUUAAAUACAUUUAUUGGCAUUUUCUUUCUCCUAAAACUUAUCUAGCGAGAACUUAAAAAUAAAGGUAAAAUGCUGCCUGAAAAUAAUGUCCAAGCACCUUUGACUAGGAUAACAUUUUCACUACUUGUGUGACACUGUGUGUUGCAUGAAGUAGGAUUUGGGUAUACAGUAAAUGCUUCUAAAAGGCAUUGUGCAUAUUGACAUAUCCAAUAAUCUGAACCGUGUUCAGCAAACUUAAUUCAGGAAAGUGGUGUUCUACACAAUUAUUCUGUUGUUGUUGAGGUGAGUGUGGCCCUCCUCUGUACCCAGAAACCAUGCAGACGGUGCCACGCAAACCAUUCUGAGUGAUGUCUGGGUGCGACCCUGCUCACUUUGUGAAUCUCUUCUCCCUGAUUUCGUCCGUCACUCUCUGUAGAACAAGUUUAAGUGUAGAAGUAAACUAGUGCCAAAAAUAGGGUUACAGAUGUGGAGUACCAUUUAUUUUAGUCAUGUUCUAAGCCUUUUUUUUUUUUUUAGUAUGAAAUCCUUUUUAAAUUGUAGGUUUUGCUCCCAUUUUCUUCAUGUUAGCGUUUUCGCUAUCUGAAGACUCUGCCAAACUUUACUAAAUCUAUUUCAGGAAGAUCUUCAGUGACUUGUGUAUCAUACUUUCAGUCUGAGCUUCUCAUGUUUUUAGCUAUUUGUCAUUUUCUCGUGGAUUUUUAAACCAUGGAAAAAGAGUGUAGCUCGCCACUACCUGUCCUGAAGUGAAUAGCUCUAAACUGCUCGCACUGAAAUCCUUCAGUAUAAUGAAAUGACCUGUGAGUGAAGAAAUACCAGUUUUCUUAGGUCAAGAGAACAAUGUGUCCCCUCCUCCCCCCCCCUUUUUUUUUGUUUUCAAGCACCCAUGUUGCUUUCAGAGCUUAAGAAUGAGAUAUUUGGCAGACUUUUGAUACAGCAAAUCCUUAAUUCUCUCAAGCAAUAAGUAAAAGGAUCCAUCACUAAAUUAAAUCCAUAGCUGAUCCCAAACCUUCAUUGCAGCCAAAACUUUCACCUUAAUCUUUUACCAGAUUUGCUAGCAGAUAACUGGAGAGGGAGGUGUUAGCAGAGAAACUGCCCAGAGCGGUCAACUGAUUGAUAGAAGACAAAGAAUUCAGAUCGGAGCAUUCGGCCCCUGACUGACAGUUGGCUGUACUUUACCCAGUAAUGAGCCAGUGCACGGUCUCUGUGUCUCAGUACAGAGGGAGUAGCAUCCAGCGGGCCGAAUCUUGGCCCGCACGGCUUCCUCCCUGCACGUGAUACGUCCGUUUUCUGUCUGUUUACGAUCUCUGUAUCCUGAUAGAGUUUGUCAUUGACCUCAACAUUUGAAAGAAACGCACACCAGUAUCAAAUGUGUGAUACUGGUAGAAACUUGAACUUUGUGCUUUUAUGAAAUUUCCUUUAUGAGAAUAUGUAAUAUAACUUAAAAAAAAGCAUUUUUAUAUGUAUAUAUACAUACAUGACUACAUACUUGUCAAGAAAGUAUUAAAAACGGGAGAGGGUGUUACGCUAUUGGUGUCCGACCUUCCCUUGGCUGAACUAUGUCUGAGUUGUGGAGGACCAAGCCUGCAGCCCGGGUGACCAACGAUAAGAUUUUAGAACCACUUGAAUGGAAAGCAACUCCUCAGUGGUUUUAUUCCUGGUAUUUUUAAAGAGUUAUUUUGAUAAUUUUAAUAGAAUGUGUAAUUUUAAAACACAAAAAACUUAAAGUAGUAUUGAUUAUACAGAUAUUUAACAUGUCUUUUACGGAUGUAUCUAUGUAUAUGGACAGUAAUAUAUAUUUAUGAAACAAAUACACUUUGAUUAUGUUGUAGCUAUUAGUUUGUGAUAGGCUAGAUAGGGCUCUGGAUAUGUAUGUGUGUGUGUGUGUGUUUUGAAAACUCGAGCUGUUUUUCCCCCCGAUUUAAUGGCACUGACCUAAGGUAUAUUUGUUUUCAUUCUCAUUUUUGCUACCCAACUGACUUACUCAAGAUGAA